GCGUCUCGUGUUCAUUCACCCCGGAGACCUCAGCCAGUCAGCGCGUGGAGCCCGCCGCCGCCUCCUGCGCUGCGGAUUUCCGGACGCAUUCACCGACCGUUUGGGUUUGGCUGCUGCCAAAGGGUCGAGCGGAUUUUCCAGAAGAAGGUUCCGCGUGAUCCGUCGACACGCCGAGGGGAACCGCGAGGCUGCAGGUGGAAUAAAGUGUGCGAACUUGGACCGGGUCCCGCUGUGAACAGAACUGGAUUUCUGGAUGUGUGUAAAACAAUAUAAUAUUUAUGUGUGUGUGUUUUUGAUGAGCUUUAUUUGUUCACCUGUGAAUCUGAAGCAGAGAACUGCUGGAGAUCACCUGUCUCCGUUUUAUUUCAGUUUUCCCAUUAAGAUGCUUUUCUGCUAGGAUUUUUAAAAUCAAUAUUCUUAUUGGGAAUCUCUCUUGUGAUUGUGUCACUUAAAGUGACUUAUAAUCAGAAGCGCCAGCGCUCUUCAUUUAGUUUCCCUCAUGGUGUAAAACCUGCCCUGAAUGCUGAGCCGCAGUCACCUCCUCUAAGGUGUCGGAGGCAGCGCUUCCUUCCGAGGGAUGGUUGAAAGCUGCGGGGAUCAGGGAGCAGCAGCCCGGCCGGCUCCUGCACCGGAGUUUAGCCUCGUCGUGCUCAUGCAGCGGACCUGAGAGGAGAUGAAAGCCGCGGUCCUCCACCUCCUGACCGGCUGCUUUUGCCUAUUGCGCGCCGCUGGCGAGGAGGCUCCCCUCCCUCGGGAGCUGCUGGAGCGGCUGUCCCGCAGCGAGAUCCGCAGCAUCAGCGACCUCCAGCGGCUGCUCGAAAUGGACACCGGAGAGAACGAGGUGAUCGAGGAGACCAAACACAUCCACCACAAGGACUUCUCUCACGUCUCCCCCACUCACAAGAAACCACACUUACACACAAGACAAAGGAGAAGCACCGUGGUGGAGGAAGCCGUGCCGGCCGUGUGCAAAGUGCGCACGACAAUUUAUGAAAUCCCGAGGAGUCAGGUGGAUCCCACUUCGGCCAACUUCAUCAUCUGGCCUCCCUGCGUUGAAGUGAAGCGCUGCACCGGCUGCUGCAACACGAACAACAUGAGGUGCCAAGCGGCGCGCAAACAGCUCCGUACUGUCAAGGUGGCGAAGGUGGAGUACGUGCGGCGGCGGCCCAAACUGAGGGAGGUGGAGGUGACACUGGAGGACCACUUAGAGUGCACAUGCAACAACAAGUGGCACAUCGGCCAAAACCAGGACAGAGAUAAUGGUAUCAGGUGAGCCGACAGGCAGAUCCUGCAGUGGAUGGGACCUUCCUCACCGCCUGCUGAGGAAGGGACAAAUUUUUCUCGAUCCUGUGUGGGACUCGUGCCACUCAUUUGGACCUGAAGUGCACACUUAAGAGUUUGCUGCAAAAUAAUAAACUCUGAAACUCUCCCAAGCCCAGAGACGCACCUCAGACAGACAGAACAUUUCUCAACUCAGAGGACGAGCAUUUGUGAUGCAUUUCAUCAUAACAUCAAAGAACUGGUGGCUCUGCUUCUUCACCUGAACGGUAACAGCUGAGCACUAAAGACCGCCAUCUGGCUGAAAUCGUUUCUCUUCUUCAAACAGUGACUGGCUUGAGGUUUUCUACUCCAACGUUUGUUCUUCCUCUGGUAAAACAUUCAUGUAUAUCCUCUGAUUUUUAUAAUCAUGGUUUUUUUUAAAGCUGUGUUUUUUUCUACUUCUGGUACUUUUUAUUCAUCAUAAAUGGAAGCAGGAUUUUACUGAAUCAAAUAAAAAUAUUUAU